AUGCAAUAUUCCACAAAACAUGUCAUAGGAUACAUCUUCUCAUUUGUCGUCCUCGCCACCUCGACAGAUUUUGAUAAUGCACAUGUCAUGGGGGUACCCCAAGUGACAUGUUCUGCAAAACUUAUCACAGUUAGCUUUAAUACAAACAUUCCAUUUCAAGGAAGGAUAUCAGUAUUUGACAAGUUAUUCAUACCAGCAUGUAACCAUGACUACUCAACUAAUAUUCAAAAAAAUGCCACAUUUCAAAUGGACAUUCUGAAAUGUGCCAAUCCAAUGUUCUUAAAAAAUGGCUCUCGAUUGCUAAGAGCAUAUGUGGAAAUUGGGUUCCAUCCGUUGGUAAUGACUAAUAGCGACAGAACAUUCUUGGUGGAAUGUCUGGAUAACACAAUAAUGCCAAUAGUGAAUAGAGCACAAAGCUUUGCAGAUUGUACACACUUGGUGAGAAUGGCUUCUGAAUGGAGCAGCAUGUCUGAAUUUCAAGUCGGCGAUGCAAUAGUCCAUGAGUGGAGCUGCAAGUUGCCUAAUCCCGCAAAAACGCAAACCUUCCUAACAAAUUGCAACGCAUUGUCACAAAACGGGCAGAUUAUUCAUUUAAUAGAUGAAAACGGCUGCGUCAUCGACUCUGAAUUAAUGGGUGACAUUGUCUACAGUGACCAUGUUCCGAAAUUAUAUGCCAGAGCUAGAAUAUUCAAGUUUCUAACGGAUGAUAAAUAUCGGAUAGAAUGCACACUCGAGUUUUGCAAUAAUGGCUCGCCUUGUAAGGAUCGAGUAUUUCCUCCGAAAUGCGCAUUUACUAAAGAAGAAAUAACAAGUCGAUCGACCAAAAAUCAACUGGAACAGUCAGGCAUGACAACCAUGCCAGGUAUUCCCAGUAGUGCCUAUGAUUCGAGACUAAAAAUAAGUUCAGCAUGGCUUACGAUCAAGCUGAAUCAGUACACGGAAACUAAGGGAUUGCAUCCAAGAUAUCAUCUGAAAACAUUCCUGGACCCCACACUCCAUGAAACAAUAUCCCCGAAUGACGCGGACCACUUCUUGAUGGGCAUCUCCUACCGGGAACCAAUUCCUAAAUUGUCGUCACAAAGUGAAUUGUCUCACCCCGAUAAUAAUAGAGUCGAAGGAGCACGUAUCCUUCAUUCUUCCGCUUUUCAGCCAAUCAUCAGUCCACCAAUCGACUCGCACGAGGAGUUUAUCGAAACAAUAACCUUUGGAAGCAAUUUAAAUUCCGAGCCAAUUGUAAACGUGCAAAAAGAGAUGCAUUUGCAAAAGGAGCCCGUGCACAAAGUGUUUACGCAUAAGGACCCGCUCAAAACAGAAAAAACGGAAAAAUUUAUGAAGCUCGUGCAGAUUGAGAACGAGGACAGAAACCACGGUGCGGCGCUGGAAACUACUCAACAGUCAAGAAUGUUCACAACAACAAUGCCAAGUACAAUGAUUUCAACAACUACUACUCCCAUGACGUCUUCAUCUAGAACCGAUAAAUUACCUAGCGAACAUUUCAAUCACCCCGAACUUGAUACUUUUGAAAAACCGAAAAAGUCAUUCGAAAAGAGUCACUCGCUAGUUCAAAUGACUGAAACCACAACUGCACCUGCCGCCAACCUGAAGUUCUAUUCAACAACGGCGUCGACCAAAAAGUUGACCCCGACCACUCCGUAUGCGUCGGCGCCCCCGGAGAGCAGCACUCAAACUCCAAACUCGACGAAGCCCACAUCCAUUAGAAAUGUUACUCAUAGUGUGCCAACGGUUAAAAAAUAUGAUAAAUUCGUGAACAAUAACGCCGACUGGAGAUUUGACGAUAAGGCAAUCAAUGAUAGCGAUAUAGUGUCGGAGAAACAAACUUCCGCAUGCUACAAUGCUACAAUUAUUUCAUCACAACGGCAGUGUAAAUGGUCGGGAGUAGAACAUCUUUUACUGAUUUGGUCUUUCGCCUCGUUGAUCGUUUGGAUGAUGCUUAUAGCAUUAUUUCUCUACAGAUACUCCAGUAGGAAGCCACAAUGGAUUGGUUUUCGAGAGCAAGAACUUCGGAGAGUAGCUCAAUCUCGAGUGUUGAGCCAAGAUCAUCCAUGGCUUCACGCAGACGCUUUCGAAGAGCGCAAUCAAAGCAAGAAUGAAAUAGAGAUCAAUCAUUUUACUUAG